GCAUUUAAAAUUAAUGGCUUCCCUAAGAUGAAACCCUGGGAUUGGGGAAAACAGAGGCUGCAGUGAGUUGUGACUUUUUGAGGAGAGGAAUGAAAUCAGUUUCUUUCACGCCAAUUAAGCAAUCACAAACGACUCCAUCAGAAAUCCAAACUCGUGACUAACAUGGGACUCAAGACCAGGAAAAAAAAAUUAAAAAGAUUAACAGCCAGAGAAGCAAUCUUCACACACACGGCCAGCCAGCAGACGGAGUGGAUCCCAUUCAGGCAGGUGACCCGAGGCCUGACCCCACAAGAUGCCAAGAGAAGAGGCUCACUACAUCUAUGGUUCCCCCAAGAAGGGGCACAGCCGCUCCUACGUCACAGCUGAAGAGGCUGCAGGGAUUGGCAUCCUGAUAGUGAUCCUGGGAAUUUUACUGCUCAUCAGCUGCUGGUACUGUAGAAGACGAAGUGGAUACAGAAGCUUGAAGGACAAAAGCAUUCAUGCUGGUACUCAAAGUACCUUAACAGGAAGAUGUUCAUGUGAGGGGCUUGGUCACCAGGACGCCAAACUGCCUUUUCAAGAGAACAAUUGUGAACCUGUGGUUCCCAACGCUCCACCUGCCUAUGAAAAACUCUCCACAGAACAGUCACCACCACCUUACUCUCCGUGAGAGCCACCAAAGCCCCUGAGAGAUGCUGAAAUGAUUUCCCUCACACUUUUUGUUGAAUUUGAUGUGGACAUGUAAUGUUCUGCUUCAGAAUGCUGUAGAAACAGUGUACAUUAUCUCUACUAUUAAGCUGAGUGUUAAAUUCUUUAUAGGGCAACUAGCAAUACUGAUUGAGGAAAUGAUGAGAAAUAUUAAAAUGGGAAAAGCUUUGUCAAUAAACAUUGUAAUGGAUGAUAGUAUCUGUGCUAGUAAUAAUAAAUCUACAGUAUUAUUUUCUGAGGGAGAUCUUUCAAGUGUGUGUUCUGGGAUCAUUUGAUUUCUUUUAAAGUUGAAAUAUGGCUAAUAAGUAACAAACUGCUAUUCUGAUUUUUGAAGACACAGCCUCUUGACCUACAUGAACUCUAACAGGACUGUUGCAGGUGAGUCUGUGCUACAGAGCACUCACAAAGGAUACCUUUACAGGUUUAAGACCAAGAGCUAAAUGACCUACCAAAUUAUAGUCAGAUUCAUCUGAUCAGGAAAGUGUCAGUAAUGUCUCUUUGUUUUCUAAAAUUCCAUGAUGCUACAAUAAUAUACUGCAGAGAUCCUGUAUCUUCAGCAAUACCUAUUGUGCAGUUCUAAUCACAUUUCACUUCAAGGAUCAAUGCUAUGAUAAUUAAUGACAAGAACUUUCUGUUAAACCAGAAGGUGGUGUAAGGACUUGUAAACAAGUAAAAGCUACUGUAGUUUGGCUGAUGUCUUGUCUUAAAUAUUCCAAAGGCAAUUUAGCUCCUUUGAGCUCCCAAAUCCCU